AUAGUAGAUGAACACUGAAUUAUAUUCCCUUUAUCAACUAAAUAUAAAUAAAGGAUAAUUUCAUUAUCAAGAUACAAUAAUUUUUUACAGCUGAGCAUUUAACAGAUUACCGAUGCACAUGGAAUUAACCUUAUCAAAUACACACAUUAAAUAGAGAAGGCCUUCACCCCAGAAUUGCAUUUCAUAAGCAGUGGCCGUGAUAUACUUUGAAGAAAAUCAGCACUGAUGAGUUCUCAAGCUGCCUGUCAUACAAAAGGUACACUAGAUUACAUAAAGCAUGUAUCGAUCAGUCGUCAAGGCUGGCAGCUACAAGUUAGAAUCAUGCGGAAAUGGGCAGUGUUUGAGAAGGACUCAGCCAUUAAAAAAACUUUAGAGCUGUUAUUUUUGGAUGAAUGUGGUGAUUCUAUCCAAUGCACAUUGAGCAAGAAUUUCAUAGAUCAGUAUGAUCAUAUCUUAGCCGAAGAUAAGUGCUACAAAAUUUCAGUAUUUUAUGUCAGUGUCAAUCGUGGAAAGUAUUUGGCCUCGACUCAUAAAUAUCGUUUAAACUUUACUAAUUCCACUAAAGUAAGUGAAUUAGACGAUUUGGAUAUUCCCUCCACAUUCUAUAAGUUCACUGACUUCAAGAGUAUUUUGAGUCCUGCGUUCCAGCGUGAGUACUUGAUUGAUCUAAUUGGUCAAAUAACGGACUUUUCAUCCGAGUUCGUUAUAAUCAAGAGAACUGGCAAAGAACGUAAAAGGUUACGUCUAGAACUCCAAGACACAGAAGGCACAAUAUUGCCAUGUAUUUUGUGGGGAGAUAAAGCUAUUGAAGUCGAAUCUCAUCUUUUGACCUCUCCUACGAGUCCUAUUGUGUUUGCUAUGAGAUAUGGCAUUUCAGAUGUUUUCAACAGUGAAACACAUGCUACAACUUUUUUUGAUAAUAGCAUAAUUGUUCUGAAUGGGAAAGACAGAUGGUGCACUGAAUUUCGGGAUAGGCUUCUUAUUGAGCGGCCUAAUUCUUCCUCUAUAACUUUGAAGCAAUCUCACACAAAAGAUAAGAAGAAGAGUUUUGACACGAAGGCAUUUUUAGAUGUUUAUGCAUCUAAAACAUUGAGCGAAUUAGUGGUAUUUGAAGAGGUCGCACAGCAUGUAGUUUUAUGUACAAUAGCUUGUGUCCUAGAUGACAAAGGGUGGAUGUACUACAGUUGUCCAAAGUGCAAGAAGUCUGUAGAGAGUUGUGCUAUUAGUUGUGCCAACUGUGCCUUUGAAUUUGAAAGCCCCAACAUCAGCUACAAGUUGAAAUUCAAAGUAAGUGAUGAUACCGGAACAGCUGUAUUUAUUGCAUUUGAUGACGCGGGGCCUCUCUUAGUCGGUAUUUCUGCCAAAGAAUUACUUGAUGAAAUGGAAACAGAGGACAGAACUUUCCCGAGGUCUCUGUCGGAAAUCGUACAUAAAGAGUUCCUAUUCAUCGUUAAAUCGCGUGCCGACGUUGCAAAUAAGUAUCGCAACUUUACUGUUGUCAAUGCAACAAAUGAUGAGAAACUGAUAAAAGAAUACAAAGAGCAAAGGGAAUCUUUACUGGGGCAAAAUAAUUGUGAAGGCUAUGAUGCAAUUCCAGAGAUUGACUACUCUCAAAAGAGUCUGCCUUCUAAGUCCAGUAGUAGUAGCUCCACUCCAAAUUCAACUCUUACUUCUAAGCUAUUGAAGUCAUUGGGGCAGAACAGUAGUGAAUUCAAGCCACUAAAUUUGGAUGAUAGCAAUGAUGGGGCAUCUGGAACUAGAUUCAAAAGAAUAAAAGUUGAAAAAGACUGAGCCAAUGUGGAAACUUAUCUGUUAUUCCAUUUCAUUCAAUUCGUCUAUUAAUAAUGUUUCAUUUUUUAUUGCUCCAAACAGUUCACAUACUGAAGAUUAGCUUUUUGGAUUUAAACCCUCUAUUGCUACAUUAUUCGCUACUCCUAUGUAUUUCAUUAAUAAUUACUUCUAGGAGCAUGUUUUGAUCAAUUUUUAAU